GGGAAGGAAGCAGGAAAAGGGGAACCGGCCCCAUCCUCUCACACUUUACUAGAUUCUCAGGACUGAAAGCCGCUGCCCUGGGAGGACCACACAGAGGGGCAGCCUCGGCUGCCCCCUAGUAACUCUGAGGCUUCCAGGUGGACACCAGAGGCUCGAAGCCACGGACCAGCAAGAAUCGAAGACAUCCUUCAGUCACUUCUACUCAACCAGGUUUGUCUAGCAGAAGUGGGUUGUGCCUCCUUGCCUUAACUACCAAGGAAUGGGAGCUGACAUUCCAUGUAUUUACGGGGAGACCCUGGUCUCGUCUCUGCAGCAGGCACCCUUCCCCCUGGCCCGACCCUCAGAGAUAGGUCAGCUGAUGCUGACUCACACAGCCCUUCUUCCCUGCCCUUUCAAAGCCCAGACCUGGGUUUGAAAGCUGACACUGUGGACAUUACCUUGGGUGUAGAAGCCCUUCUCCCAUGGCCCACACAGAUUUGUCUUCCUCCCGACGAGUGCACCUGGCCUUUCUCCCCUAGGGUCUGGCAGUGGCCCUCAUGGGGUCUGUGAGUUCUCGAAGUCACACGGCGGAAGCCCAGGUGGUGAUGAUGGGCCUGGACUCGGCCGGCAAGACCACGCUCCUGUACAAACUGAAGGGCCACCAGCUGGUGGAGACCCUGCCCACCGUGGGUUUCAACGUGGAGCCCCUCGAGGCCCCCGGGCAGGCAUGCCUCACCAUCUGGGACGUCGGGGGCCAGAGCCCGCUCAGGGCCAGCUGGAAGGACUACCUGGAGGGCACGGCCGUCCUCGUGUUUGUGCUGGACAGCACAGACGACGCCCGCUUGCCCGAGGCAGUGGCUGAGCUCACGGAGGUCUUGGAGGAUCCCCACCUGGACGGCGUCCCCCUCCUGGUGCUGGCCAACAAGCAGGAGGCACCCCACGCCCUGCCAUUGCCCGAGAUCCGAGACAGGCUAGGCCUGCAGAGGUUCCCGGGGCUCUGCUGGGAGCUGCGGGCCUGCAGUGCCCUCACCGGUGAGGGGCUGCCUGAGGCCCUGGGGAGCCUGAGGCGUCUCCUGAGCUACCGCAGCCCCCCGAGUCUCUAGGUGAGUGCAGGGGGCGGCCGUCGGGAAACCUGAGAGCCUCAAUCUCGGCAGAGCAGCCUGUCUUCUCUGCUGUUACAGACUGGAACACCAGCUAAUCCUGGAGGGUUCUGUUUAUUAAACAAGGAACCCUCCUAGGCUCAGACACGAUAUUUAAGUCUUGGGACUUUUUGCCACUGGUGUUUGUGUUGCACAUCAGCUACUCUUGGAAUAAUGAAUACUCUAUAAGUGUUCCAGGUGGUUCAGCAGCAAAGCAUCUGCCUGCAGUGCAGGAGACGUGGGUUUGAUCCCUGGGUCAUGAAGAUCCCCUGGAGAAGGGAGUGGCAGCCCACUCCAGUAUUCUUGCCUGGAGAAUCCCGUGGACAGAGGAGCCUGGCGGUCUACAAGUCCAUGGGCUCGCAAGAGAAUUGGACAUGACUUACCGACGAAACAACAAAGAAAGAAAAAUACCUCAACAUAAUUUGUUUAGUAACUCAUCAUUACCGCAUGUGAACUGAGAAACUGUAAUAACAGAACAAGUAGCUGCCGAAUAAUUAAGACCUAAAUUCACAGAGGGAAAGAGGUUUCAAAAUCAGAUCAGAAUAUCAGACUUGGAUGUGUUCAAGAUCUUAUGAGUGAUUGUCCUUAGUAGCCCCCUAAAUUGCAAGCAGUCAGGGCCAGCAGGGUCAAGUCUGCUUCCAAGAGAUCUCGGGUUAGAAGUUGGCUGGGGCACUCAGCCCUGGACAAAGGCUGGGAGUUCCGACCUUCCAAAAUCAAUCACCUUCUCUGACCCUGACUAGUCAUUCUCUGGAGGAGGGCGUGACAACCCACUCCAGUAUUCUUGCCUGCAGAAUCCCACGGACAGAGGAGCCUGACGGGCUGUAGUCCAUAGGGUCGCAGAGAGUCAGACAUGACUGAAGCAACUGAGUGUGAACGCACGAAUGCACGGCCCUUCUCCACCUUUUUGUUAUCCUGUGCUGGUC